CCUUCAUUCACCCAUCACUCAUUCCAGAACACACGAAGAAAGCGAUGGGUACGACCACCUCCAAAGCCAACAAGAUAACGGCUCAUGACAGGGCGAUCCUCGACCUCAAGGUCCAGAGGGACAAGUUGAAGCAGUACAACAAGAGGCUGGACCUUGUUAUCGCAAAGGAACAGGAGAUGGCCAAGACCUAUCUCGCCAAAGGGGACAAAAAGCGUGCCCUCCUGGCUCUCCGGCGGAAAAAGUUCCAGGAAGGACUGCUAGAGAAAACGCAGUUGCAAAUGACAAACUUGGACGAAUUGACAUUUUCUAUUGAGCAGGCGCUGGUUGAGAAGCAAGUGUUUGAAGGCCUAGCAGCAGGAAACCAAGUACUCAAGGAGCUACAUAAAGAAAUGUCACUCUCUGAUGUAGAGAGACUGAUGGAUGAGACCGCUGAAAGUAUUGAGUAUCAGAACGAGAUUGAUGAGAUGCUCAGCACACGUUUGUCUGUUGCCGAGGAAGAGGACAUUGAACGGGAGCUGGACGAAAUGGUGGCCACAGAGACGAAAGCCAUGCUACCUGCUGUGCCUGGGGCUUCCAGAGAGGAACGCGAAGCAGCAUCCUGGCAGACGCAGGAGGAACAAGGUCAACCAGACAGAAUCGCUGUCAAAAAGAAAGCGACAAAGACCACGCGCGCCCUUAACGAACCCAUGUUGGCAUAGACUUUGGCCAGCCCAAAGAAUGGUCCAAGUGGAGGAAUAAUGCAAAAAUUCCACAUAAUCAUCCAAUACAAGGAAUUCUGCCUCACCGUUUCUAACUGUCCAAGAAUCCCGGUUUCAAAUGCCUAAUCUAGAGGUACCUAGAAGGCAUGCGUGCCUCACUCAGGAGCUUUUAAUAAACGCACUAUCACCUUCCCAGUC